CCUGGUGUUGUGAAACAAUUGACAGAAGCGAAAGUUCGAGAGUCCCAGAAGAAUCUUUAAGAAGCGUUAUUAAGGGUUGGGUCAGGUGAAGCAGAUGAUUUGAAUGGGUCAAACAACUAGCUCCCUGUUCAGCUCCAUGGAUCAAGCAAUCUAUGAUCGUGGCCCACAAGAACUUGAUGCACAGCUUCUUCACAACCGACACUGCCUCGUAUCUGCAAUUAAAAAUGCAUCUGAUUGCAGCAGUCCUCUUAUGGACCUUGUGUAUUUGAAGUGCCCAGUUGCUAUGAAAUAUGCUGUCCUAAAUGUCACAAAUAUUUUGAAGGAAAACAAUCAGUCAAUACAAAAUCUGAAGAACAUCCCUGUGGCUCUAAACAUUUUAGAGAAGUAUGGCCGUCACCUGCUGAAACCAAAGACCCUUAGGAACGAACUGUGGAGAUACGUCAAAUUCUCUAACCCUAUAUUCAAAGACCGUGUUGAUGCUCUCAAGGGAGGGAGAGAGCUGAUGAAACUGAUGGGAUACACACAGGAGAUUGAGGAUGGGCUCUUUUUCCCGGAACCAGAGGAACCAAACCUUGAUCAAACAGCAAAUAUGGUUGCAGACAUUGUCCUGGCAAAGAAGCAGAUGGAAAUGUACCUAAGUGGAGUACAUCCUAAUCAGACUGAAGUUGAGCAGUUUAUUCCACCAAAUGUUGUCUCUGAUGUGGAGAUGCUGCGUGUUGGAGUAAGCAUCAGUGACUUGGGUCAGUGGUCACCAACUGGAGCAUCAACUGAAGGGGAAAAGUACAGUUGAUGCCUCAAGCAGAGGAAGGAGGUCAGGAUCUGUUAACUUCAGUGUCACUGCAGAAAUUGUGUGACAUAUGUGGUGAUCAAGAAGCCACAAAACUGUGCAGCAGUUGUGACUUUAAGCUGCUCUGUGCACAGUGUGAUGAGAUGUGGCACAAACAUCCACGUCGUCAGAACCACAAGCGCGACCUCACCUCUCCUUCAAAGUCGAAACAGAAUCCCUUGCAGGCUUCUGCCACCAUUCAAGGACCAUAUGGCAUACAAGCUAGGCCUGUUGAAACUAUUGGACAACGCAGAAGACUCCAAAGUCCAACUGUUACUCAGCAAUGUCAGAAUACAGCAGAUAUGACGUCAACUAUUAAGACUGAUCAACCUGCAAGACAGAAUCCAUCAGCACCAGGGAACAUUCUGAAUGUUGACCCACUGGUUCUUAUCAGCACUAGUUCUGCUAAUGUACAGCAUGACGAAAAUAGUACACCAGUACCUCAUCAUGUAGUGCCCCAGAUGAAAGAACAUCCUCCGAUACCAGAUAGGAAACUCAAACCUAUCCAGCCUCUGGUGGCAGAGCAGCAACAUCUGUUACAAGAGAGUGGACCAGUGCCUGCAGUUUUGCCCUCAGACAACAUAAGUUCAUCACCUCUAAACUGGAGCAUGCCAAGGCAGUCAACCAGUAUACAACAGAUGUCUGAAAUUAAUCAGACAGACUCAGUGUUGACAUCUAAACUUCUGGCAAAGAUUAAAGAGGAACAAAACUUGGAAAAACAAAAAGCAAAAUGUGACAUUCAUAUCAUCUCACUAACUGAAGAAAUAGAGGAAAUUGAAGUGCAGUUGAAUCAUUUGAUUGAGAUGAAUGUAAAAUUUUAUGAACAAGAUGAAUUUUUAAAACUGAGCAAGAAAAAAGGUUUAUUGAAACGAGAAAAACUAAUUCUUGAUAAACACCGCAACAGACUUGAAUCAAACUCAGAUAAGCCCUCUCAGGUGUAUUAUCCACCAUCUCAUGUAGACUUUAGUAGACUUGAUGACCCUGUCUUGCCAACACCAAAUGUUGUGCCUGUUAGUGAUUAUCAGGACCAGGAUACAGGUAGAACACUUAACCAGCCUUUUGCAAGCCAAGCUGCUACAAAGAUCCUCAGUAAUGUACAUGAAAACAUGUACCAAUCAUCUGUCAUCCAGCCAAAUAAAUUUCAGCAGCCACAGGGUCAACAGGAUUCACAAGUAGUUUCUACUGAAACCACCACUGUAAAAAACAACCAACAGCCAUGCACUCCCAUUAAGCCUGAAGCUGAGCCCAAUGCAACAUCAAAUAACUCGAAAGAAACAGCUGUUUCAGCUUGCAGGAGUCCAUUGUCGACUGUUAACAUACACCCAACAUCUGGCCUCAACUCAGACAGACAAGCAGAUCAUGGCCGUCACUGGCAGUGUGAGCACUGCACCAUGUUCAAUGACAGUAACACAAGGAUAUGUGACAUGUGUCAUCGUACAAGUGACAACGCCGUGUUUGUCAGUGAUAUCUGCACAACUGAGGAGAUAAAAGAGAGUGAAGAAACCUUUGUUGUAUGUUCAAAUAUACCCAUGGUUGGGACAAAGAUUGCUCAGGAACAAGACCAGGUGUACUUAGAAAAACAGGAAGCUCAUCGUCAGUAUGAAGAGAGAUUACUUAAGGAUUCCAGGGGGAAACAAGGGUCAGAAUCAACAAAACAGUCAACAAGCAGCAGAAUGAACAGUCCUCAAACAGGCAUUUAUGGCAAUAAUGUCUCUGUACAGAUAUCUGAUUAUCAGAAGUCAGCAGUAAAUGACUCUAUUGAUCAAAACCAGUCACAUCUGACUCAUGAGGAAUUGGGCAGUGAACACAGUUUUCAAAGUAGACAAUCUACAUUCCAAGAGACAAUGGAGAACAUCAAUGAACAAAGACAUAUGAAAAAGACACAACUCGAUGGGGCUGACUUAUUGCAGGUUAUAAAGUCAGCUGAUCAAAAGGGGUAUGGUGUUGAGGAAGUCCAUAUUGCCCUUGAGCAGUGUGGAAAAGACACCAAAAUAGUCAUUGACUGGCUGAAUAAAACUUGGGCGAAGUAUGUGGAUGAUGUGAUUUCAAGGGUGUCUCAUGCGAGCCAAGAAUCCCAGCAGAAUGAUAUAGGUGUUAUAUCAACAGUGGAAGCUAAGAGAGCAUUACAAGAAUCACAGGGCAGUGUCCAAGAUGCUGUUAUGUACUGCAUCAACACUCGUACACAAUUGUAUGCUGAAGUGAAUAGCGAGGCUUUUUAUGCCAGAGAAGAUGUUCUGGAGGCAAUGCAUGAACAUAAAGGAAACAAGGAACUUGUUUUGCAUCACUUGGACUUGAUGAGGCUAGCCCCCUUCAAACAUCGUAUAUGGGUUGGAAGUGACAAUCCUGAACCUGACAUGAUGCAGCUUGCACUGAACAUCAACUGUAACAGUGUAUCCACAAGUGUCAUAUCACAUCAGGACUUUCAGGACAUGGUCUGUAAUAAAGAUAUUGAUUGGGAGAGAAGAAUACGUACAGUGUUGGUUGAAGCAAGGCUUCAGAGUUGGGGAAGAGCAGAAAUUGUUGUCAAAAUCCUUGACAAUGACCUUGAAAAACUGAAGCAAGAGAGUGACUAUGAAUACACCUUAGAGGAUGUGGUGGAAGCAGUGCGUAAUUGCCAGGAUAGACGCAGCUCCAUUAUUUACCUUCAAAGAGAAUGUGUCAUUUGCAUGUCAAAGUUUCCAAUGAGCAAGAUGAUGAACUUGAACAUCUGUCAGUGUCAGAUGUGUCGUGAAUGUCUCCGUAAGCACUUUGAGAUCUCUAUCAAAGAAAAGCAUGUUCGAAACUGGACCUGUCCAGUAUGCAGUCUGCCUGACUUCAACGAUGAAAAUGUGUCAGACUACCUCAAUCUUCUUGGGCUCAUGUUGAACACCUUUGUUGACAAGGACAUUCAAGAUCUAUUUGAAACCAAGGUUCGGGAUUGGCAUCUGCAAAAGGAUCACAAUUUCCGAUGGUGUGCUCAUUGUGGCAAUGGAUUUCUGUAUCAAGGUUGGCAAAAUGGACAUGGUCAGCUUUCUAUGACAUGUCAGCAGUGUUUCAAGAAAACCUGUUUCCUUUGUAAAAAACAGUGGGAAGAUCAGCAUGAAGGUCUAACCUGUGAAGAGUUCACACAGUGGAAGUUUGACAAUGAUCCAGAAAACCAGGCUGUUGGACUUGCUAAGGUACUGGAAGAGAGUGGGAUAGAUUGCCCAAGUUGCAAGAUGCGAUACUCACUUGCCAAAGGAGGAUGCAUGCAUUUCAAAUGCCCAGAAUGUGCUCAUGAGUUUUGUAGUGGCUGCUCCCAACCCUUCUACAAACAAGGAAUCUGCACAAAGUUCAGCCAAUGUGUUACACAAGGACUACACUGUCAUCAUCCACUUGACUGCUUCUUCUACCUGAGGGACAAUGAUAUUGCUGAGUUACAGAAAUUACUGCAGUUUGGCCAAGUACAGUUCAAUACAGAAGGGCCUGGUCAGGCCCUCAGAGCAUGUCCUGUAAUGGAACAGAAGGAUGGUGAAGUUGGCAGUCGUCAAGAUGAGGCCUGUGGCAAAGAAGUGAAAGAGGGAAAUGCAGGACUAUGCAGUGUUCACUACAAAGAGUAUCUGGUUGGCCUAAUUAACCGACACAAGCUGGACCCAGUGAACAUUAUGAAUACAGAGCAGAUGCAUCGACUCAUUUCCCCGAACAGAGAUAGCAGAACAGAAGAAGAAUGACACAGAAACCCAAAGCCAGUUUAACAAGAGACUGAUUACAUUCAUAAAACAGAAAAUACCCUUGAAGAGAUGAACAUGUACAGUCUGUGUUAGCAAAGAAGACCAGUUGCUGCUAUGAAUUAGGAAAGCACUAACUGCAUGAACUGCCAACAGGAAGCUAAUGCAAAUCGUGGAAUUCAAGAUACACUAACAAAUGAACAACACAGGAUGGAUGAAUUUGACAUACAGAUGCAAUUUGUGAAAUCAUUUAGAAAGACAGUUUGUAAAAUGUUAGUAAUUAUGAACGGUUUAUACUGUGUUUUUAACUUAUGGCAAAAUUUGAUCUUACACAAUUGUCCUGAAUUGGGGUUGACGUGUUAACUGAAUUUAUAUGGCUUUCAUGCAAAUACAUAAGGAAUUCUUGGCCAUUCAGUGGGUUUUAUUUAUUUUCUAAAGAGAAAA